UUUGCAUUCAGAAAGAUAAUUAUGAAGAUUUUCAUGUGCAUGUGGGUUGUUUGCAGCUCAUUAGAAAUUUUGCAAAACAAUAAUGAUAUUAUAUAUACAUUUAAAAUAGGUUUAUGUGUGCUUUACAUAGUGACACUGUAGAAAAAAACUUGUUCUUCAGCUGCUCGUAUAUGAAUUUAUCGUCCAUAGUCUCUUACGUUAUGCCUCUUGUGCCCAUGCCAAUUAUAUGCAUUUGAUAAACAUUGUUUACUCCCUAAACAAUUGCCUUAAUUGGGAAGUUUGGUGUUUGUUCAUUCACUGGUUACUGCAAUGUGAUUAUCACCCUAGCAUCUGAGUUGAAAACAGUUCGAAGAAUAUUUGAAAACUUCAAAGACAAGAUGAUCCAUUUUAAUUAAGAUGUAUUCGAAGUGAUCACAUAUCACUGUCCUUUGAUGUGUUUACUUUUCCUUGUUUGCUUAAAAUUGGCACUGGGUAAAACAGAAAUCUUACUUUGAAAUUUGUGUUUCCGAAUAAAGCCACCCAGCUCAUAAUUCAACAAUAAAUAAACUUGUUGGUAUUUGCUUGAUUUCAUGUUCAUUUGGAGUUAUCACUGUUAAGUUUUGAGUUAUGAUAAUGUAACAUGUUUUAACUACUUUUAUGUAUGUUAACCUUCAGCAAAGGGCUGAUAGACGUUCUUGUUUACUUUUUAUUUUUGUAUACUUGCAGAUCUGCUAUUACUAAAACAUUUUUGAUGUUGUGGAGCAUGAUGAGAAACUGACUAGUGUUUCUAUUGUGUAGCCAAUUCAAAUUAUAUCAUAGUUAUUCUAUGGAAGUGAAGAGUAAUGAAAAGAAAUUGCAACAGUGCUUAGUACUUUAGGUGAUUUUUAUGAAAAUGUUUACCGUUUUCAGUACUGCAAUACAGCCUACAAGUAAAUAGAAUAUUUAGUUGUGCCUGCAUGUAACAUGCAGCUUACUGUUGAGUAGUUUUCCAAAUCAGAAUGAGGUGAUUAAUAUAAAAUGGUUGCAUUUUUUUCUUCUUGUAUUUUCUAUAUUGCAAUAUUGAUGAAUCUGUGUUGUAUACCAGAAAUAAAUGAGAUUAAAGGAAGAUUCCAAAAAACCUGCAAUAUAAUUCGACACUAAUGGUUCAAACAUUUGUCUUGAAAGGCUUUGAUACCACAUUGGUAAUCAGCUGAAGACUGACAAUAAGUUACAAAAAUAACAAAACAAUUUUAGAUUGGCUAGCAUUCCAUUUAUCUGUCAAAUCUCUUCCUUCAAGAAACACAUUCUUGUUGUGUGGAGGUGGAUUUGGAGGAUUUGGGACAACAACUACAACUGCAGGUUCUGCAUUCAGCUUUUCUGCCCCCACUAACACAGGCACUACUGGACUCUUCGGUGGUACUCAGAACAAAGGUUUUGGAUUUGGUACUGGUUUUGGCACAACAACAGGAAGUAGUACUGGUUUAGGUACUGGUUUGGGAACCGGACUGGGAUUUGGAGGAUUUAAUACACAACAGCAGCAGCAGCAAACUACUUUAGGUGGUCUCUUCAGUCAGCCUACACAAGCUCCUACCCAGUCCAACCAGCUGAUAAAUACUGCGAGUGCUCUUUCUGCUCCAACGCUGUUGGGAGAUGAGAGAGAUGCUAUUUUGGCAAAAUGGAAUCAACUGCAGGCCUUCUGGGGAACAGGAAAAGGGUAUUUCAACAAUAAUAUUCCGCCAGUGGAAUUCACACAAGAAAAUCCCUUUUGCCGAUUUAAGGCAGUAGGUUAUAGUUGCAUGCCCAGUAAUAAAGAUGAAGAUGGGCUAGUGGUUUUAGUUUUCAACAAAAAAGAAACAGAGAUUCGAAGCCAACAACAACAGUUGGUAGAAUCAUUGCAUAAAGUUUUGGGAGGAAACCAGACCCUUACUGUAAAUGUAGAGGGCACUAAAACAUUGCCAGAUGAUCAGACAGAAGUUGUUAUUUAUGUUGUUGAGCGUUCACCAAAUGGUACUUCAAGAAGGGUUCCAGCUACAACGCUAUAUGCCCAUUUUGAACAAGCCAAUAUAAAAACACAAUUGCAGCAACUUGGUGUAACCCUUUCUAUGACUAGAACAGAACUUUCUCCUGCACAGAUCAAACAGCUUUUACAGAAUCCUCCUGCUGGUGUUGAUCCUAUUAUCUGGGAACAGGCCAAGGUAGAUAACCCUGAUUCUGAAAAGUUAAUUCCUGUACCAAUGGUGGGUUUUAAGGAACUUCUCCGAAGACUGAAGGUUCAAGAUCAGAUGACUAAGCAGCAUCAAACCAGAUUAGAUAUCAUAUCUGAAGAUAUUAGUGAGCUACAAAAGAAUCAAACUACAUCUGUAGCCAAAAUUGCACAAUACAAGAGGAAACUCAUGGAUCUUUCCCAUAGAACUUUACAGGUCCUAAUCAAACAGGAAAUUCAAAGGAAGAGUGGUUAUGCCAUUCAGGCUGAUGAAGAGCAGUUGCGAGUUCAGCUGGAUACGAUUCAGGGUGAACUAAAUGCACCUACUCAGUUCAAGGGCCGACUAAAUGAAUUGAUGUCUCAAAUCAGGAUGCAGAAUCAUUUUGGAGCAGUCAGAUCUGAAGAAAGGUAUUACAUAGAUGCAGAUCUGUUACGAGAAAUCAAGCAGCAUUUGAAACAACAACAGGAAGGCCUUAGCCAUUUGAUUAGCAUCAUUAAAGAUGAUCUAGAAGAUAUAAAGCUGGUUGAACAUGGAUUGAAUGAAACCAUCCACAUCAGAGGUGGUGUCUUUAGUUGACAGUUCACAAACUUGUGUAAAGGUUUGUGAAAUGCAUCUUCUUACUGCAUCAGACCUUCCUUAAGAAUGAAACCGACCAUGUGGAGGGAAAAAGAAAACAAUUCUCUCUUGGCUUGGUUUUUUGAGAAGUUUACUGACAAAUUACUGUUCAUCAAAUCUGAAAUACAGUCACCUCACAGCUCUUCAAAGAAAACCUUUGAAAGAUUUAAAUCUAAAAGCUGUAUUUACUUUAAAAGGAGAAGUGCAUAAUUACCAAAAUUAUAUGUACUAUUGUACAUUUUUCAACAACAUUUUCUUAAACAUAAUCUGUUUAAUGAUUAUUGUCCACUGAGCCUGUACUCUGCCUUCCAUACCAAGUAAAUAUGAAAUAAUAAUCUACUUUGCACAUAACAGAAGAAACUAUAAUUACUUGGCUGUUGGAGAUUUGUGCUUCAGAGUAUCCAUGUACACCAGUUUUUAUAUUUGUGAACUCAUCUGUGGGAGGAGUAAAGAAAAUCCAAAAGCAUUUAAUGUUUUCUUUUUGUUCUAUAAAGAUGUGAAAAUGUAUUUUUAUAUUAUUUUACUUAUUUGGAAUUUACAGAGCACACCUAAGCAAUUAGGAUAUAACAAAAUUACUUAACCAUUUUUGCAACCAUUUCGUUUUUUAAGCCUUUUUAUUUCUAAAAAGAUGAAAACUUAUAAAUAAAUUCUUAAUUUGUAAUU